AAAGGCUCAAUCUACCCCGGCUCCGAGCGUACCCUGUUGGAAGACCCAACCCAAAGGCUGCAGCAAGCAAAGAUAAGGAAGCUGGAAAAGAUGAACAGACAAGAUAUGGAGUGGUGUGUUUCGAUGCCAAAGGUUGAACUUCACGCUCACCUCAACGGUUCAGUUAGGGACUCUACUCUCCUAGAACUUGCAAGAGUUUUGGGUGAAAAGGGUAUCAUUGCUUUCUCUGAUGUGGAGACUGUUAUAAUGAAAAGUGACCGUACUUUACAUGAAGUGUUCAAGCUGUUUGACCUCAUUCACAUUCUCACUACUGAUCACUCGACUGUUACAAGAAUUACUAAAGAGGUCAUUGAAGAUUUUGCUUCUGAGAAUGUUGUAUAUCUAGAGCUUAGAACAACUCCUAAGAGAAAUGAUUCCAUAAGAAUGAGCAAACGCUCUUAUAUGGAAGCUGUGAUGGAGGGUUUAAAAGCAGUCAGUUCAGUUGAUGUUGAUUAUGCUCCUGCUGGUUUGAAGACCAAUACAUUUAAUGGAACUACAAGAAAAAAGCUAUACGUUAGGUUUCUUCUCAGCAUUGACCGCCGUGAGAGCACUGAAGCUGCCAUGGAAACUGUUAAGCUUGCACUAGAAAUGAGGGAUUCAGGGGUAGUUGGCAUUGAUCUCUCUGGAAACCCGAUUGUGGGCAGUUGGACUACAUUCUUGCCAGCAUUAAAGUAUGCUAGGGAGCAGGGUCUCUGUAUAACUCUUCACUGUGGAGAGGUACCUAACCAGGAGGAGAUCACAGCAAUGCUAGACUUUCUUCCACAUAGGAUUGGUCAUGCUUGUUGCUUUGAGAAGGAAAACUGGAGGAAAUUGAAAUCAUUGAAAAUCCCAGUUGAGAUUUGUUUGACAUCCAAUAUCAGGACAGAAACAAUUUCUUCAAUAGAUAAUCAUCAUUUUGCUGAUCUAUACAAGGCAAAACAUCCAUUGGUUCUAUGCACAGAUGAUUCUGGGGUUUUUUCGACCAGUCUUUCUGGGGAGUACCGUCUUGCUUCUUCUGCAUUUGGUCUCAGAAAGACAGAAAUGUUUCAGCUUGCUGAAACUGCUAUUGAUUUUAUAUUUGCUGAUGAUGGAGUAAAGGAAGAAUUGAGAGCAAUUUUCGAAGUAGCCACAGAGAAGCUACAUUUAUGAGUUGUAGCAGUUUCAUAAGCAUGUUGUACUUCCUACUAAUACUUGAUAGGCCAGUAGCAACAUUGUUGAUCCUAUUUAGGUCAAUUUGAGACCAGCUGGGCUACAAUUCAUCUGAAUUCCUCUGUUGAGACAAAGCCAUUGUUGUUGCAACUUUGAACUGAUCAGAUUUCUGAGCUUGGUUAAAUGUAUUCUCAACCCUCCCCAUCUGGAUGGUGCAUUUGAUGA